GUUCACUAAAUCUAGUGAUGAGUGAGACGUGAAUGCACUGAAUGAUUGGUCCCCAAAAGGCAGCACUCAAUGCAUCACUCAUUUUGAGUUGUCGUCAGUCUUACAGUAAGUAUUGAGUCAUUCAGUCGUGAAAGUUAACACAACAUCCAAUUGAUUCAAGUCUGAGACAUCUGAUCCCAAGUGAUGGCUAACUCUUUCAGUUUGGAUUCAUUCUUCAAUUCACUCAACCGUAAAAUUGAACCUCAGGUUCAGAGCCACUUAAAGGAUGUCUAUUCCUCGAUGUCUAUCGCGCUGUUGAGCGCAUCCAUCGGCGGUUACAUUCAUUUGUUCACAAAUAUACUACAAGGUGGUAUACUGUCAUCGCUGGUGGCCAUCGGCUUUGUCAUCGCCCUCUACUCCACUCCAGACAAUGGGAAGAACCGGUCGACUAGACUCUGGUAUUUGAUUGGCUUCGCGUUCGCCUCAGGUUUG